AUGGAAUCGAAGGAUGAUAAUGAGAGGGAACAAGCUACGACAACGGUAACGAUCGUAUUCGGAUACAAUGACAGCCCGAAUGAUCCAGAAGAAACCGAAACCGUUUUAUCAACAAAUCAAUCAAAAUCCACAACGAAACGCUACAAAGGGGUUUGGAGAAAGAAUGGCAGGUGGACAGCUCGGAUCCGAAACCCUAUCACCAAUUCGCGUGUCAAUUUAGGCAAAUUUCAUUCCUCUGAUGCUGCUCUGCGUGCUUAUUUCUCCAAGAAGCGCGAAUUCGAGUCACAAAUUAGGGCAACAAAUGUUUCCAACUCGGCUAUGAUUGAUAAUAAUGGAUUUUUGGUGGGUGAGUUCCGUUACUUGGAUCACGACCUCAGGAUCGGCAACUAA